GUAUAAAAAACUUUCGAAUAUUUUAUAAUAAUUAAUAGUCACACAAAAUUAAUUAGAUAAACUAAUAAAUAGUUCCUAAAAGUAACACAUCAAUUUACAACAAAAAUAUAAAUUUUAAGAAGCAGUUUUGAAGUAUUUUCAAAAAAAAUGUACACAAACUUCAAAAAAUCUGCUGAAUAUUACGACAUCAGCGAUAAUUUCAGCUUGAAUUUUAAAGACUCAUAAUCUUAACUCAAUAAAUAAACAUCUAUUCAAAGUCAAAGUCAGGAUACCUAGUUUAAAAAUAUUCUUACUUAAUUGAAGAACAACUCUGAAAGCACUUAAGGAUCUGAAUAAAUUGUUGAAAGAUCUUCCUUUAACUGCAUGUCAACUUUGGAAAUCAAUGAAGACGAAUAAGAGCUAUUAUUUUUUAAUGGCAACGAUCAAAAAUUUAGCUUUGAAAAAUAAGAUCUAGAAACCCCAAAGAAGAGAAAUAGCUAACAACAAAACUUCAUUGCUGAUUAUUUCUUCGAUAUAGAAGACAGAAUAAACUGUUGGCUAGACUCAUAAGGAAUAAAGUAAGUAUCUCCUCUUGAUAAAAAAGACGAGUACUUUGAAUAAAAGAAAAAGAUAAUAUCGACUCAAGUGUUAUAAAGCUAGAAUGAUUUAAACGAAGAAUCAAAUCAAACUCCUUCAGCCAAAAACCUAAGAAAACAAUCAUUACUCGAAAGGAGAAAAUUAAAUAAAAUUAUUGGCCCAAAAAGCUGUUACGAGCUAGACUAUAUAAAUUGCUCAUUACCUAAACAAGAAAACUAUAUGUCAAUUUUUACAGCAUCAGAUUUUACUUUAUGA